AUGUUACAUCUUUUUUCAGUGGUAUUUUGUGUUUCGCCCUAAGCAAUUAGUGCGGCACGUUUGUGGAGCUGAACCACAAUUGAAAAAAAAAAAAAUAGGCAUGCAAACAAUUUCUGUUCGUCUCAUACAGACAUUACGUCGAACACCUUUCGUACAAUAUUCCAGGGCCGAUAAACUCCCAUCUCGUUUCGGUUUUUUCUGCACCCAAGCGCCUAAUAAUCUUCCUAAUGAAGAACCGGAAUCAAAACGAGAAGAAACAACCAGGCCAUGCUUGUCAUAUAGGAUUGAGAAACUGCCGAAAGGCGAAGCAGUUCUCUCUGCUUUUCAGAACUGGAUGGGAGAUGGCUUUCCUGUUCACAGAGGCGACAUUUUCCACGCCAUUAACCGCCUCAGGAAGCUCAAGAUGAACAAACGCGCUCUUGAGGUAAUGGAAUGGGUGAUCAGGGAAAGGCCCUAUAGGCCAAGAGAAUUGGACUAUUCUUAUCUGUUGGAAUUUACAACUAAGAUUCAUGGGAUAUCACAAGGUGAAAAACUCUUUUCUCGUGUCCCCAAAGAGUUUCAAAACGAGCUCCUCUACACCAAUCUGGUGAUCUCAUGCUUGGAUAAAGGUGCAAUAAGUCUUUCACUAGCAUACAUGAAGAAAAUGAGGGAAUUGAAUCAUCCCAUCUCAUACUUGGUCUUUAACCACCUAAUUAUCCUCCAUUCAUCACCGAGGCGUAGGAAGUCAAUUCCGAAAAUCCUCGCUCAAAUGAGGGCGGAUAAAGUGCUCCCACAUGUCUCCACCUACAACAUUCUUAUGAAGAUAGAAGCCAACGAGCACAAUAUUGAAGGGCUGAUGAAGGUAUUUGAUGACAUGAAGCGGGCAAAAGUCGAGCCAAAUGAAAUAUCUUACUGCAUAAUUGCCACUGCACAUGUUGUUGCAAGGUUAUAUACUGUUGGUGAGGCUUAUGUCGAGGCUAUAGAGAAGUCCAUGACAGGGAAUAAUUGGUCAACACUGGAUGUUCUUAUAAUGUUGUACGGGUAUUUAGCGAAGGAAAAGGAAAUAGAGAGAACGUGGAAAGCUGUGCAGGAUUUGCCCCAUGUUAGGUCCAAAAGCUUCGUGUUGGCAAUUGAAGCAUUUGGUAGAAUCGGUCAGCUUGAUCGAGCCGAAGAACUUUGGCUAGAAAUGAAGUCAAAAAAACCGUUGAAUACCACAGAGCAGUUUAACUCUAUAUUGUCUGUGCAUUGCAAGCAUGGGCUUGUCAAAAAGGCAUCUGGACUUUACAGGGAAAUUGGAAACCAUGGGUGCAAACCAAAUGCCAUAACGUAUAGGCAUCUUGCUUUGGGCUGCUUGAAAGCGGGAUUGGUGGAGGAAGCUGUAAAAACUCUAGAGAAGGGGAUGGAUUUGACAACAAGCAAUGUCAUCAGAAAUUCGACCCCGUGGUUGGAAACAACUUUGUCAAUAAUUGAGAGUUUUGCAGACAAAGGUGAUGUGAGGAAUGCAGAAAAGUUAUUUGAAGAACUGAAAAAGGCCAAGUAUAUCAGGUACACUUUUGUUUUCAACACUCUAAUUAAGGCCUAUGUUAAGGCCAAGAUUUAUGAUCCGAAUCUGUUGACAAGGAUGAUUCUAGGAGGAGCUAGGCCAGAUGCUGAGACCUAUAGCCUCAUGAAACUUGCUGAGCAGUAUAGAACCUGAUUAUUGUUAUAUUCUUAUUAUUAUUGAAAGUUACUAUAAUUUUCUGGUUUGCUUGUUCAAUUUUGUGUACAGAAGCUGUGUAUUGAUGCAAAAGGAAUGAAAGCAAGAUUUAUUAGUUUAGGAGAGAAAUUUUGAGGAUUAACCUCUUGUAUGGAGAAAUUUUGAAGUUGGCAUAAUUUUGUCUGUUGAAUUUACAGCUGAAAUAAUUUGAUGGAUGCUGAGAAUGCUUAACAUCUAGUUUUACCUUGCCUUGGUGG